AUGUCGCGAUCCCCUGUCAUCAACCUGAUUGCGGAAACGACCUGCGGCCUGUCCACCAUUCGCGCGUUUGGGAUGACCGACGAGUUUGCCGAAAAGAGUCGACGGAUUCUCGAUCACAGUCAGAGCUUCUUCAUGGUGUACCGACUCUCGUCGCGGUGGAUGCAAAUGCGGCUCGACUGGCUAUCCACCGGGGUCGUUGCGGGCAUGGCAUUCGUAGCAGUGGGAUUCAAACAAUCCAUCGGGAUUCACCUUCAAAAGCUCUACCUUUGA